GGGUAAUUAAUGGUAUAUAUGGUAUAGUUCCAUAUUAACGCCUCUAUUUUUAAGGUCGAUGCACCUCUAUCCUCGAUAGGGAUCAUGGCGGUUACUUCUCAGUAAACAUUAAAAUUAAAAUAAAUAGUUAAUUUUAGUACUGAAAAUUAGUUCGGUUAAUGAAAUUAAUCAAACUUAUUCCUAAGGAAUCAAGGAGUAAUUACCGGUCUUUGAAAAAUUAGAAGUUCGUUAACAUAACCUAUUUUCAACAGUAAAAAUGUCUAGAGCUCAGCCAAAUUCGCACGUGCACCAAGAUAACUCAGUCGUAGAAAGAAGAUUGAGGCCUAUUUACGAUUGGCUGGACACCGGAAAUAAUAAAAAAGCAUUACAGGAAUGUGAUAAGGUUCUUAAAAAGACACCUAACUUACAAUGUGCGAAGGCUUUGAAAGCCCUAACACUUCAUCGCAUGGGUAAAGAGAGUGAAUGUAUUGUUAUAUUGGAUGUUCUUACUAAAGAGAUCCCUUCUGAUGAUGCCACUUUACAGGCCAUGGCACUGUGUUACAGGGAGAUGCAAGAGUUGGAAAAAAUAUGCAAACUUUACGAAAUUGUCGUUAAAAAUAAUCCAAAUAACGAAGAACUGCACACACAUCUUUUUAUGUCUUACGUCAGAAUAUCAGACUUCAAAGCUCAGCAGCAAACUGCGAUGUCUUUGUACAAAUCAAAACCCAAGAAUCCCUAUUACUGUUGGGCUAUUAUGUCAGUAAUCCUUCAAGCUACAAGAGGUGAAGGCUUAAACGAUCCACAAAAACGUCAACUGCUCCUCAGCCUUGCCGAAAGAAUGUUCACCAAAUUACUUAACGAUAACAAAGUUGACGCCGAACAGGAAGUACAACUGUAUAUCAUCAUUUUAAAUCUGCUGAACAAACAUGAAGACAUACUGAACAUCUUGAACGGUCCGUUGGGUACGAAAUUGCAGUGUGCGAACAUACCCCAAAGCAAAUUAGAGUACUUGAUAAAGUUGAAGAAAUGGAACGAAGUUAAUAUUAUUUGUAAAGGAAUUUUAGUUUAUAGUGUGGAUAGGUGGGAUAUUUGGAAAGAAUAUAUAAAUUCUAUGUUUGAAUUAAUGCCCAAUUCGAGCACGUCAGUUCCAGUCGAAAGUAGUGGAGAUGACAUUGAGUCGCCUGAUGAUACACCUGAAAAAGCUCAUGAAUUUAUCUGUGGUAUAGUUGAAAACGGCACGGAGAAUGGUUAUCUGCUUCGCGGUCCGUAUCUAGCGCGCUUCGAGCUGGGUUCAAAGAUGCGCGAAAAAAACAUGAACUUUACGGACAUUCUCGGCGAUUUGACCGAACUCUUCAUCGAAUACUUUCGAAAAUUCGGACACAAGCAGUGCUGCGUCACCGAUUUGAGGUUGUAUUUAAAUCUGUUGGAUUCCGAGAAGAAGGUGGAAUUAGCUGCUAGAUUAAUCAAAGACGUGGGAAUUAGUUCAACGAGCGUUCCGCAAACGGAACAUCAAAUGCAACGCCACAUAUGUGCCCUACAAUUAUCGAGGUUGUGCGGUGGUCAUCGAAACCUCUCCUCGGAACACCUCAAGGCUCUAAUUACGGCCUUAUCUCUCCAUUAUCAACACGGCUAUCAAACAUACGGGAAAAAUUUGCUGACUACCGACUUGGGACCGUCCGAUCCAUACGCGCUCAUGGCCGCUCACGUUCUUUACGAUUUGGCGUUGACCGAAAAUAGUUCAAACUGUGUCGUGGUGGCGCUGAUGUUGUUGGAAAGUUUAUUGAAAAAUUCGCCUAACAAUUUCCACGCAAAGUUGUUGGCAGUGAAGCUGUAUCAUGUUUUAGGUGGAGGCCUAAGCGCUCACGAAAUGUAUAACAGUAUGGACGUGAAGCAUCUGCAGCUGGACUCCUUAGGAUACAUUCAUUGUGCCCGGUUACCCACUACCGGAUUGUUUACGCUAUGUACAAAUUUAUUCGAUACGACUCUUAAAUUUUUUUCUAGCAAUUACAAAGAUAGUUCAGAUCAUCUGACGUUCUCUUACAAGUUCGGUUCUUUUAUGAAAAUAGACGAAUUCAUGGAUUUCAGGGAGCGGCUGAACAACAGCCUGCACUACACAACUGUCGCAGUCGAUAGGAUAAUGUUAAACUUAGUCGAAUGCAUGUCGUUAGAAACUUUAUAUUCGUUAGCCAUAUCGCCGAAAGAUAAUGAUAUUAAUUGGGAGUUGUUAAGGGACAAUCAUGAUCUUAGUGUAAAUAUAUCUUGGGAUCCGGAGAGGAUAGACGGUUCGCCCGAAGAUUGGACCAUUACCAAAAGUCUGUUCGAACAGGACCUUCGGUUUUUAAAGCUUAGGACGUCCUUACUGUUUUCAAUGGCGUCCAGUAUCGAUAUCGUGAAAUCUUUGGACGGGACCAGGCAGGAGCAUAUCCAAACUCUGAGGAAAUCGUUGGACGAAUGGCGGAGUUUGUACGAACGAACUGUCGAUGAUAAUUUCGUUCCAAUUCAACAGGGUCUUUUGCCUUUACCGAUGCCUUCGAGGUUGCACGGGGCCCUGGUGGUUCCCUAUUUCAGCGUAUUCAAUUCGUUUUUCGAAUUCUUCCUAAGUCUGACCAGUGAUGAUAACGAUGUAAUAGAGAGAUGUACAAAACGUAUCGAAGACGAGCUUACCAAAUUAACUGAUGUACUCAAAGAGAACACUUUGAAAAAACCGAACGACUUUUUUGAUAAGCGGAAAUCGAUGGAGGUCGCUGUCAAUUGUGUUGAGGUAUUGAGUGUAUCGUCGGUUGCAUGCGCCCUCUGUAGCGAAUUAAUAAAACCGUUACAGGCGAAAAAGGGCAAGCGAAAGCAUCCCGAACCGAAAGGCAAGGACCACGUCCAAAGGAUAUCGGACAAACUCAAAUCGGAGUUAAACUCUUUUUGUGAUAUUUUACAAGACUGGGUCGAUGCGAGUCCGGAGGAGGAACUACAUAAAAAAUUCGACAAUCUCAAUUUGACCGUCAGCGAGAACGUAUUCGAAAAAAUUUUACAUAGUUAUACAAUUUCCAAUAAGGAGAUGCAACUUAUUUUGAAGACCAAAAUCAAAUUGUUGACGUAGAAGGGUGAGAGCUUGCAUCUCGAAGGCUAUUUCUUUUUUGUUUUUAUUGUUUGUAAGUAUUGUAAAAUAAAAGAACGGUUUUUACAAAACGA